GCGCUCCCAUAGUACUCAACCACUCGAGCCAUUAAAGAAUAAGGAACACAGACCAUACAUGCCCGAGUGCCCCCAACAUCCUCCUCCAUAACUGCCCGCUCGCCCAUUUCAAGAACUCAUCAAAUUACAAUUUGCUGUAAAGAAAAGAUCAGAUCGAGAACAUGGAUUCCCUCAAAUCUUUCAAUGGGUAUGGCAAGAUGGAUCCAGCUGAAGACCGUGAGUUCCGCCGGAAAACCAAGAUUCGCCUCAUCUUCAUAGCCAUCGCCGUCCUCCUCCUCAUCGCUAUCGUCGCCGGAGUUGCCAUCUCUGUCUCCGUCAACAAACGGAAGGGUGGUCAAUCUCCCAUAUCAGCAUCAUCUUCUAUCAAAGCAGUCUGCAGCCUCACGCGCUACCCUGACUCCUGCUUCUCCAGCCUCUCAUCCGCCACCUCCAAUUCAUCCACCGUCGCCACCGAUCCGGCUGCUCUCUUCCAGAUUUCCCUCGUCGUCGCCUCCCGCUCCAUCUUGAAGCUUUCCUCCUUCCUCUCCUCACUCGAAAUCCCACCCACCGACAUUCGGCUCCAGGCCGCCAUCAAUGACUGCAAGGAGCUGCUCGGUGACGCCGUUGAUCGGUUGAAUGACUCAAACGCUAUUUUCACAAGAGCAAACCCUGGGGAAAAGAUUUUAUCCGACAGCAAGAUUAGCGAUCUCAAGACAUGGCUCAGCGCAACGAUCACCGACCAGGCGACGUGUCUGGACGGCUUCGAAGGUACCACCGGCGGCUUUCGCGAGAAAUUGGAGACGGCGAUGGUGAACUCGACGCAGUUAGCCAGCAACAGCCUAGCGAUUGCCACGGGGAUUGUGGGAAUUAUGAAGAAAUUGCAUUUUCCGAUCAACAGGAAACUUCUUGCUACGAGAGGGCAGAGUAGGGUUUUGUUCAAGAACUUCAUUGAUUGAACACCGACAUUCUCGACUGCAACAUUUGCGAACGAGCCCAAGACGAGAUUUUGAAGGAGCCGAAGACAAGCUUCUCGCGAACAACGAACAACGAACAACGAGCCGUAACAGUCCUAUUUGCUACUCUUUUAUGU